AUGGCGGUGGACAAUAAGAGCGCCGUGGCCAAGGACAUGGAACAACAUCAACAUAUUGAAGCACGGCAUGCUCCAUCAGGGUUCAGAGACGCCGCCACCAUGGACCCGGAACGUCGGAAAGCAGUCGAAAAGUCGAUGUUGAGGAAGCUGGAUGCCAGAUGCUCACUAUUCGUCCUCAUCUACAUCAUGAACUACUUGGACCGGAACAAUAUCGCCGCUGCUCGAUUGAAAGGACUUCAAGAAGACCUGAGCUUGAGUGAUACAGAAUACUCUACCUGUCUGAGCAUUCUCUAUGUCGGCUACAUCUUAAUGCAGGUUCCCAGCAACAUGAUCGUGAACAAGAUUCAACGUCCGUCCUGGUAUAUCGGAGCCGCUAUCCUGCUAUGGGGUAUGAUCUCGACUCUUUCUGGGAAUGUCCAUAACUUUACGGGCAUGGUUCUUGUUCGAUUCUUCCUGGGUUUCGUUGAAGCCGCUUUUCUUCCCGGUGCCUUGCUUAUUCAAUCGAAAUGGUAUACACGCCGUGAGUUGACAAUGAGGAACGCCAUCCUCUUCAGCGGAAAUCUCAUCUCCAACGCCUUCUCUGCGCUCGUUGCUGCUGGCGUUCUCUCAAACAUGGAAGGUGUGCUGGGACACGCUGCAUGGCGUUGGCUCUUCUGGAUUGAGGGUGCUUUCACCAUGUUUCUGGGAGUUCUAGCCGUAUUCAUCCUGCCGGAUCUUCCUACCAACUCGCGUGGCUUCACUCCAGAGGAACUCCAGGUCGCACAGCUGCGCAUGAUGGAGGAUGUCGGAGAAGCCGAUACGGACUCUGAAGACCAAGGUCCGUUCGACGGGCUGUUCAUGUGUCUCAAGGACUCCAAGGUUUACAUCAUGAUGUUCACAUUCACCGCAUACGUCGUUGGACUGUCAUUCAACGCCUUCUUCCCAUCUCUGACCAAGACGCUCGGAUACGGCUACGUGCCAACCCUUCUCUUCAGCGCUCCACCGUGGGCUUUUGCGGUAAUUGUGUCGCUACUCGUCAGUUGGCAUGCUGAUCGCACACAAGAAAAGUUUCUACACAUCGUUGGGCCGAUCUGCAUUGGGCUCAUUGGUUUCAUCAUCUCCAUGUCGACUCUCAAUACUGCCGGUCGCUAUGUUGCUCUGUUUUUGCAGACCAGCUCGUACGCAGGCUUCAUUGUCUUCUACUCCUGGAUCAGCUCUUCGUUCCCUCGACCUCCCGCCAAGCGUGCCGUAGCUAUCGCGCUGAUCAACGCCUUCUCACAGCUCGGCAACAUUGCUGGCUCCUACGUCUGGAGUCUUACUGCCAACGGCUACCGCAAUAGCUACGGCAUUGUGACUGCCAUGUUCGGCGUGACAAUCUUUGGAUGCUGGGUCUUCCGCUUUACCCUUAACCGGCUGAACAACAAGUUGGAGCAAAGCGAGAUUGCACAGCUUGGCGCUGGUCGUGGGGAGGAUGGAGAAUUCCUGGAGAGCGAAGACGAAGCUCUUAGGAUGAGGAAGGGUUUCAGAUAUCUCGUGUAG